ACUCGAGAGGGGUGGGGAAGAAGUGACUUGUGGGAUGCGGCAAGAGAGACAGAGGGGGAGAGUGAGUGACACCCAUAGUGAAACAACAGCGAGACUAGCGGGAAAGAGAAGGAGGAUAAGAUAUACAAUCCCUGCUUUACGGUUAAUUUAGCGCCUGACAUCCAGGUUUGCGCAGACAGACAGACAGACAGCGGAAGAAAAGUUCAGAUCCCACGAACCAGCGCGUGGGAGUGGGAAGCAGGAUCGUGACUGACUGAGGAAAGCUCCACUGUCUGUCUCGUCAUGGCAGGACCUGGAGGUGACAUGCAGUGGUGCUUCUCUCAGGUGAAAGGAGCCAUUGAUGAUGACGUGGCUGAAGCGGACAUCAUAUCCACAGUUGAGUUUAACCACACAGGGGAGCUGCUAGCCACAGGAGACAAGGGUGGGCGUGUCGUCAUUUUCCAGCAGGAAAUAGAGAAUAAGAAUCUGCCUCAGUUCCGGAGCGAAUACAACGUUUACAGCACUUUCCAGAGCCAUGAGCCCGAGUUUGACUACUUGAAGAGUUUGGAAAUAGAGGAGAAGAUCAACAAAAUUCGCUGGCUUCCUCAGAAGAAUGCUGCUCAGUUCCUGUUGUCGACUAACGAUAAGACAAUCAAGUUGUGGAAAAUCAGUGAGCGGGACAAGAGACCAGAGGGCUACAACCUCAAAGAGGAGGAUGGACGCUACAAAGACCCCAACUCCAUCACGUCACUGCGGGUCACUGUUUUCAUAUCUCUGGGUGUGUCACUUUAA